GCCGCUGGCGAGAAGGCGGCGCCGCUGCCCUUGCAGCGGGACCGCACUCCGCUUUGGCCCGGGCCUCAGCUCGCCGCCCGCCCAGACGCCGACCCACCGCGGGGCAGCGCCGGCCCGGGAGCUGCAGGAGCGCCGGAUGCCUGCUCGGUCCCCGCCGCCGUCCAGACGCCCGAGGGGCGCGCAGCUGCCCGCCGACGUGUCGAUGGCAGAAACCUGAGUUACAGAAGGCUUUGAUUAAACCAUACCUUUCUCGGCCAGCUGCCUCGGCUACAGCCUCGUGCCUCCGGCUCCUAAUUAACGAACUUAGCCCCCGCUCCUUCCACCUUGUUCUGAGCCCUCAAAUUCAAGGUUUUGCUUUAUGAGUUGCCGUUUCAUCUUCCACUCGAUCCUUCCUGCCUGAAGAAUAAAGAUUUUCAGAUAAACACUACAUGUGAAGACUGGUGAAAGGGAACAUUGAUUUCUGAAGUAGCCUGGAGAGGAAAAGCACUGCUCAAUAUCAAGUGGACAAAUGCUUGGUGUUUGUUUUCCAAAGAUGCUGUUGAAGUAGUCUUUGCUACUGCUUUCCUUCACUCAGUCAAAGCUCUUCAUAACAUGGGCUGCAUGAAAUCAAAGCAAACUUUCCCAUUUCCCACCACACUCGAGAGUGAGAAGAGGCAUGAGAGUGAAGAAAACUUUAUGCCUGAAGAGAGAUUUCUACUCAGGAUGCCUUCUCUAGUUAAUGUCAAAGAGGAAGUGAAGGAACCCCUAGGGCCUGAAAUUGUGGUCUUUGAAUUUGCACACCGCCUGUCCCAGGAAAUCUUGAGUGAUGCCUUGCAGCAGUGGGCUGGCAACCACCUCAAGUACUAUGACAUCCCAUAUAUUGAGAGUGAGGGGCCUUGACGCUGUGUGUAGGAUGAUGACACUUUCUCAAAUUGUGGAUAAAGUUGGUGCUAGUUUAAAUACAUGAAACAAUAGCAAAAACAGGUGUGAAUAAAUACAAAUAACUCCAUCUGGGUGUAAAGAAAAAUAUUUCGAUAGCCAUCAAGAGUCUUUAAGAAUACCUAAAAUGAAGUGUUUUAAGCAGUUCUACAUUAACAGCAAUUUCUAUCUGCUUGGUCUUGGAUUUUAGUCAUUAAAGGCUUAAAUGUAAGUCCUCUGGUGCCACAGUAAUCAGCUGUGUCACACCACUUCCAGAGGCAACAAUGCCAUCACCAAGGAAAUAAGAAUUUUUAAAAUUCUUUAAAAUUAAAAAAAAAAUUCUUUAAGAAUUUAAAUUUAUUUAAAACCCAUGUUUUCAAAAUGGUCAUUUUAAAGACAUUCCUUUAAAAUAACUAUUUGUCAGUUUAUACAAAAAAAAACAAGAUAUGAAAAGGAUUUUCUUGAAAUGCCUGGGCAAGGGAAUUGCCUGGGCACUCAAGCCAUAGCUGUUAACAGUGGGUCUUGUUUGCCAAAAUCUUUUGAGUCAAGGAUCCCUCCUUCUUAACACAAAUGACCAAGCAUUAGAAAGCAACCCAUGUGGAAGAGGUCCACCGUGAACCAUGUCCUUAAUAAGAUAUUUACUUUUGUAGAUGAAAAGCAUAACUAUCACCUUGAACCUCAGGGCCCUAACUAAUCACACCUGUUACUGGAUGACUCAGACUUUGCAUAUAAGCAUCUUAACAAUAUACAAUUUACAGAAGUCAUGACAAUGUUUAUUGCAUUGAAUUAGGUAGCCCAGUGAUAUUACUAUACAAGAAAACAAGCAGGGGUAGCUUUUAUAAACAGCAAUCCAGAAAACUGUAAAGUAACAGAAGCCCUAGUUGGCAAGGUGGAAAGAAGA